AUGGACAAGCAAAGCAAGGUGGGGGAUGAAUUUGUGUGUCCCGAGGCCCUCUGGGGGCCUCUGAGCAACCAGCAGGACAUGGUGGAAAGGAUAUUCCGAGUGUCGGUUACCAACAGCGCCGGCGACGUACCUCACGGCAGAGGCGGCCAGAUCUGGGUGCAACUGCGAGGGUCGGACCGGGACGUGAAAGCCGCAAAGAUCUUUGUGAGAGGACUCGUGAAGCCGGAGGAACAGCAGGAGAUGUCUUACCCAGCGGUCCUCAACUGCAUUUUCUGCGGCGCUAAGGGGUUCUUCAUGGACUGCAUGAUCAAGAGCACGUCAGCGUACAUUGUGGUGGGUUCUCCAGGUUUCCUGCUCAUAUCUGGUCUCGCCGAGCCUGUGGUGCGAGCCUAUUCCCUCAUCGCAGAUCUUUUGGAGAGAUAUAAGGGAGGGCACACCGAAGAACAAGGUUCUGAUGAGUUGUCUCCGCGGGCCUUCAAAGCUCUCGUAGAGAAAUGGCAGGACCGCCACAUCUUGGAUCUCCUCUUACUCCCGAGAUCUGUGAAGGAAUCCCUGCUGGACUUGGUAAAAGAGUUGGGAUUUGAGUCGAACCUGAUGCCAGUUCAAGUGAGUAAAGUCCCUGGGAUGACUUCGGUUGCUCCCGAGGACCAGGCUGAGGUGGGACGAGAGGAGGGGCCGAAGCAGGUGGCGAUCCAAAAAGACGACAAGGUGCAGAAGCUAUCUGCGGCCAACAAGGAUUUCUGGCAUUUGUUGAAAUUCUUCACAGCCAUGGGGUACACGGAGGAGGUGGUGAAAAGGGUUCUUGGGCGAACGGGACCCAAAGAAGCCUCUCAGAUCCUGGACCUGGUUCAGCAAGAGCAGGACAACAGCGACGGUAAUCAUCAGCGCGUGAGGGACUCGCCUUGUGAGACUGAUGACGAAACAGUUGGAGCGGGAGGCGGACGAGGUGUCAGAGAUGUGCCGGGUGAGGUCGGCGAGCGUCUGGGCGUCAGUGCGGAGGAGGACGAUGACUUUGUGAUGGGAGUCCUGAAGAAAGCCGCCGUUAGCUGUGGUUACAUGGAGCACAACGUGGCCAAAGCUUGUAGCAAGUUGCCGGAUGGAUCCACCCAUCUGCUGCUCCUGGAGUUGCAGAAAGAGGCAAACGCUGGUAUGGAAGGCUUGAAGGAGGGCCAGAAAGCUAGAAUGACCGAGGAUGAUGAGACAAGAGGAACCCACCGAGGGAAACAGAACAUGAAGGGUUCAGAAAACGCAAACCAAACGGAACAUUCUGUGAAUUUAGAUUUGCUGUGCACGAAUGACAUCCUAACGCAUCUACCUCCCGACCCUUUAAAAGGACUUCCCGCGCCGAUGAUCCCGUCACAAUCUCUGCCUCAAAGCCCAAGCCGCUCCAAGCAAGCGCUCCAAGAUCAGCGCUCUCCAACAAGACCCAGGGAAAAUGGCAAUGUGGUAGUGACGGGCAAGCAGCGCUUUCUAGAGGGACUUCAGACGCCCUUUGAACUCCAGCUAACCGACCGACCGGGGAACCCUAAUCUGAGGACCAUCAUCAUAGACGGGAGCAAUGUUGCCAUGAGCCACGGAUUAUGCCAAUUCUUCUCAUGUCGCGGGAUCGCUUUGGCUGUUCAGUAUUUUUGGGGGCGGGGUCAUCGGGAAAUCAGUGUCCUGCUGCCCCAGUGGCGACAGAAGAGCGACCCCCGCAACAGAGAGCAGCGCUAUCUAGACGAGCUGGAGAAGCUCGGCCUGCUGUCCUAUACACCCUCCAGGGAGGUCCAGGGCGCCAGGAUCAGCUCAUAUGACGACAGAUUCAUGCUGCAACUCGCGCAAAGGACAGGCGGCGUGAUUGUGACCAAAGACAAUAUGAGGGACCUUUUGAAAGAGUCGGCCCAGUGGCGGGACAUCAUCAAAAAGAGACUGCUUCAGUACACGUUUGUUGGAGAUCAUUUCAUGGUUCCAGAUGACCCUCUAGGAAGAGGAGGACCUCAUUUGGAUGACUUCCUCCUUUCAGAUAAGAGGACACCCGACCCAGGGAACAGUUCAUUUGCUGGCAUGGCCACGAAUCCCCCUCCCUUUGCUAAAGUACACAAAUUCCCUGAAAGAACCCCAGGUGACGCUCUGAACGGAGCGUCGGGCGAGGGGCUGAUAGUGGGCCACCAGCACCCUGAGUCCAGUGCUCAAGCCAGUGACGCGAAUCGUCCCGACCGAACAGUUGAGGCCACGGCGAGACUAAGGGAAAGUCUUUGUCAGGUUUUUCCUGGUCAGGACAACAUGGUGGUUCUGGUUCUGCAGAGCCACCCAAAAGAGAAUGACCUCAACGUCCUUUCAGCACUUCUUCUGGAGCAGUAA